CCCAAAGCCCUUUCUCCACCAGAUCUGACGGCCUCAUGGCUAGGUUCGGCUAUUCCUCGAGGGGACGGAGGCACUGUCGACCUCCUCUCAUGGCUUUCCUCGGCAUAGUCGCCGUCAUGGUCUUCCUUUAUGACGAAUUCUACUCGGUUCGUCCCGGAGGUACCCUUCAAACUAACCCCCCUUCCUAUUCAUUGCAUUCCCUAGAGAUUUUCUCUCCUUUCGGUUCUUGGCACCGCUGUGGUCCUAGGCCCUCAGCUAAGGUCUGUAUCUGGGAUCCCACUGGUUCGAAGCCCCUUCCAUAUCCCUUAGUCUCCUGUCAGGCUCUCCCCAUCCCAUUUACGAAGACACAAGAGAUCUUAUUUAUACGAAGAUCUGGCGCUUCAGUUUUGAUUUCAAGGAAACUGAAGCAGGCAGUCGUGGAACCGCAUGCCCUAUCUUCCAUGGAUUGGUGUCGAUUCUCUUCGCUCGAGUCGAGGAAUGUAUCAUGCCCCAUCUUCUGCUCUGGCUUGAGUGGAGUCUCAUCUGAAAUCCCGCGUGUGUCUAAAGGCAGUCAUCCCUCUCAACCUCCUUCACUGGAGGCAUACAUCAUGGUCUUUGGAUCCAGAUCUUCGCCAAAGGCUAUCAGAUGAAGUUGUCCUUGUCCUCUUUUCGGUGGGCGGCCAUCAUCUUCAUCACCGGCGUUCAGCUAUGGGCCCCGUAUGAUUGCGGCCUCUCCCUGCACGGCUGGGUGGCACAAGUUAUCUGGUGCGUUGUUGUAAUUUGCCCCCUUGUGUGUAUGUUAUUUACUUCUUGUAAAUAAAUAAUAAUUGAAGGUCUUUUAUUUUCAAAAAAAUAAAAUCCCAUCCCACGGGUCAUUGAUGAGGAUCCACCUGGCCUGCCUUUUAUCGACGUACCAAAAAAAUAUUUUUUGGUAAGCCAAUAAACGACUACCAAAUAAGUUUUUAUUACAAAAUAAAAUCUUUUUUAUACUACUACAUUUAAUAUUGACAGAUAAUCAUGAGCUAGCGUAUUAGCAUAUUUAUACCCCGUUGUGACGCAAAGUUUUCUUUUUCUUUUUUUGAGAUGCACGCAAAGUAUAUACUAUCUUUUUAUAAAGAAGAGAGAGAAAACGUGUUUUCUACCGCUUAUUUCUUCCCGGGGGGCCACCGACGAGGCCCAGCUGGAAUGGACACGCGGACGCCGCCCGCUUGCAUCCCUAACUGAGGUGACACGUGGCACAUGGUCCAUAGGGUAAGCCCCGCAGGUAACAUAGGUGCUGGAUCACGAGGCCGCCCCACAGCCGUCCAUCCGAUGAUCCGUAGGCAGGAAGUUUCCGCUGCGCAAGCGGCCACUGCCAGUCGAUGCGUACUAGCCACGGCCAGGGCAGCAGUACACUGAAUGCCGCUGGAGCUUGCCAAAAAAACGGUGCGUCGCCAGGCUGUGAGCCGCGGUGCAAAAGUGGCGGCUUGCGAGGCCCAGGCGAGCUCACCAAAGGCAAGCAAACGGGCCGGGCGGGCGAGCGAUCGAACACGCGCACCGCGCACGCACGAGCCACCGGCACCGUCCCAACGGACGGCGAUUAAAGGCCUCCUUAAAAGCGCGUCGUCUCCCACCGCUCCCAACCUCGCGAUUCGAUCCAUCACCACCGUCUCGACCAGCACGACCCAUUUCCGCCGCCGGCGCUGCUUGCUUUGCACUACUACCACGGCGGACGUCCCCGGCGCGAGCGGGCAGGUAAGCAUGGAGCGCAUUGGCGAGGCCCACCAGGUGCACCAGCUGCAGCAGGCGGCGUCGUUCGGCGUGGUCGAGCACUCCGUGGUGGCGGCGGCGGCGGCGGCCAAGCCGAGGGCGCCGGGGCUGCCGCCGACGCCGCCCGCGUCCUUCGCCGGGCAGCGGGGUGGUGCGAGCGGCGACGUGUGCAUGGACGACUCCUCGGGGGCGGCGGGGCGCAAGCAGGUCGUGCCGGCGCACCGCCGGUCCCGCAGCGAGGUGCCGUUCGCGGGCUACUUCCCGCCGCCGACGCAGCAGCUGCCGCAGCCCAAGGCGGAGGCCGGGGGCUGGGGCGACGGUGCCGGCGGCGACGACCUCUUCAACUCGUACCUGAACCUGGAGGGGAUGGACGUGCUCAACUCCUCGUCGCCCGACAGCAGCGCCAAGGCCGACAGCAGCGAGAACGGCGACUCCGAGGAGUGGGUCGGCGCGGGCGUCAAGAGGAGCGCCGCCGGGGAGCCGGCGAUGGCCGGGCGGCACGCCCGGAGCCUGUCCGUGGACAGCCUCAUGGGGAGGUUCAACUUCGCCUCCCCCGGCGGCGCCGCCGCCAACGGCGCGGGGGGCAUGUUCAGCCUGGAGUUCGGCAGCGGCGAGUUCUCCCCGGCCGAGAUGAAGAAGAUCAUGGCCGACGAGAAGCUGGCCGAGAUGGCCCUCGCCGACCCCAAGCGCGUCAAGAGGGUGCUGGCGAACCGGCAGUCGGCGGCGCGGUCCAAGGAGCGCAAGAUGCGGUACAUCGUGGAGCUGGAGCAGAAGGUGCAGAUCCUGCAGACGGAGGCCACCACGCUCGCCGCGCAGAUCAACCUCCUGCAGCGCGACUCGUCGGCGGUGGCGACGCAGAACAACGAGCUGAGGUUCCGGCUGCAGGCCAUGGAGCAGCAGGCGCAGCUGCGCGAUGCUCUGAACGAGGCGCUGACAGGCGAGGUCCAGCGCCUCAAGAUCGCGACCAUCGAGCUCGGCAUCGGCGACUCCUGCUCCUCCAACGGCAUGGCCCAGCAGCACAACCUCAUGUUUCAGCAGCAGCAGCUGCUGCAGCAGGCUACACCCAUACCAUUCUACCAGCUGCAGCACCAACAGCAGCAGCAGCAGCAGCAGCAGAACGGCACAGCCAGCAAGCAUGAAUCAAGAGAGUGAUGGCGAUGAUGGCAGAAGCAUUUGAUUGGACUAGAGAAGAAACAUUGCAGAUUGCAGACCCAAAGGAAAACCUUGGUUUAGAGUUGAACUGUGAAUUCAUGUGGUUUUAUUGACUCUUUUGUUUUAAUGUCGUCGUUAAUAAUCGUUGUUGUUUUCCAGGCAGUGAGCCCUGCCUGUACUUUCUUUUUCUUUCUUAUUAUGUUCAUUGGUUCUGUGGAUAUGUUACCUUUCAGUCACCAAAACUGGUGGAGCAGUAGUUGAUUAAUAACAUAUUCUUUUGUAGAACUAGUUUCUAUUUGUUGGGUA